AUGGCCUUUUCUUUAGUAAAAUAUUUUGGACUUUCCACAACUUUUGAUCCCCUACAUAAAAACCUCUUUAGUUCAAAACCUUGUGUUUCAUCAUUUUUUUCCAAGAAAAUUGCCCUGCCAAAAUGUAAUAUUAUGUCCAAAAAGCCUUUAUAUAUUUCAGCAGUGAGUGGAUUUGGGCAUGUUAAUGAACCAAAUGAAUCAAAAUCUAGGGACCCUUUAGUCCAAUGUAAUGCCUAUGAAGCUAGUAGGCCACCAAUUAGCAUUGAAUUUGAUGAAGAAACUAAGAUUGUUGCUGCUCAUAAAUUCAAGAUUGGGUUAUAUUUUGCAACAUGGUGGGCUCUGAAUGUGGUAUUCAAUAUUUAUAACAAGAAAGUGUUGAAUGCUUUUCCAUUUCCAUGGCUUACUUCAACUCUAUCACUUGCUGCUGGCUCAUUCAUAAUGUUAGUUUCUUGGGCUACAAGAAUUGCUGAAACUCCAAAGACUGAUAUUGAUUUCUUGAAAGCUCUGUUUCCUGUUGCUGUGGCACAUACAAUUGGACAUGUUGCUGCAACAGUGAGCAUGUCAAAAGUUGCAGUUUCAUUCACACACAUAAUCAAAAGUGGAGAACCUGCUUUCAGUGUUUUGGUUUCAAGUUUGUUUUUGGGUCAAACUUUUCCAUUGCCACUUUAUCUUUCACUUGUGCCAAUUAUUGGUGGUUGUGCACUUGCUGCUGUUACUGAGCUCAAUUUUAAUCUAACUGGGUUCAUGGGGGCUAUGAUAUCAAACUUGGCAUUUGUAUUCAGAAACAUAUUUUCAAAGAAAGGGAUGAAAGGGAAAUCUGUUGGAGGAAUGAAUUACUAUGCUUGUCUUUCCAUGAUGUCCCUUUUGAUUCUUACACCCUUUGCCAUUGCUGUUGAGGGUCCAAAAGUAUGGGCACUUGGAUGGCAAAAUGCAGUCUCCCAAAUUGGCCCUAAUUUUAUAUGGUGGGUGGUGGCACAGAGUGUGUUCUAUCACUUGUACAAUCAAGUGUCCUAUAUGUUCCUAAAUGAAAUUUCUCCAUUGACAUUUAGCAUUGGUAACACUAUGAAGAGAAUUGUUGUGAUAGUUUCCUCCAUCAUCAUUUUCCAAAAUCCAAUUCAACCAGUCAACGCCCUUGGUGCUACCAUUGCAAUUUUUGGAACUUUCCUCUACUCACAGGCAAAACAAUUAGAGAAGUUUGGCAAGAAGGAUGAAUGAAGAAAAGGGGAGACUCUGACUUAGAGAGUUAAUAGAUGGACAACAAUGGACUAAAUAUUUUGUAAUUGAAGAUUGAUAUGAUCUUACAUGAUAUACAGGAUAAAAUAUUGACUAAAGAGAAUUAAAAUUUAUAGUCGAAGAAUGCAUAUAGAGAAUAAACUUCGUAGCAUGAUAUUUUUUGGAAAAUUGAGAAUAUUCAAGAGAGCUAGUUGGGCACAGUUCAAAAUUCGAUGAAUAAUAAG